UGUUUAUUAUUUACGUUUUCUGAUACAGUUUUAGUUUCAAGAAAUCAUUUAUUAUUUUAAAUCUAUCAUAUUAUCAAAAUUAUAUCGAUCCGCGUAUAUCGAUCUGCAUACAUCGAUCCGCGUUUAUAAUUUAUGGAUUUUUCGUGAUCGUGAAUGGCAGUUUGGCAGUUACUAUAACUAAUAAUAUAAAUUUGUAAUAAUAUUAUCACUGAUCUAAAAUAUAUAAUUAAGAGUGAUUUAUCUUUUUCGCAUACAACGCCGUCGAUUAACAUUAAGCAGUACACGUCGGUCGUCACGUCGUGAUCGUCAUUGCACUGUUCAGAUACCAGAGUGUUCAUAUAACAGUCACAUUUUGCUGACCUAAAAAGUUCACCCAAAAUGAGGCUGUUCAACUAUAGACUGGCCAAAAAUCUGGAGAAAAUGGUUGAUUUCUACUCGCAGUUCAAUCCAUCAUCAUUAUCCAUCAAACAGUUCAUUGACUUUGGUUUAAAGGCAAAUGAACAAAAAUCAUAUCAAUUUUUAAAAAAAGAACUUCCGGUUCGUUUGGCAAACAUCAUGAAAGAAAUUCACUUGCUACCAGAUAAUCUAUUGAAAAUGCCAUCUGUAAAUUUAGUGAAUAACUGGUACACACAAUCUUUCAAUGAAAUGAUUGAAUUUGAAGUUGAUGAUGGAUGUACAGCACAAACUUUAGAUAAAUUUUGUAAAAUAUUAGUAAAAAUUCGUAAUCGCCAUUCAGAUGUUGUCCAAACAAUGGCACAAGGGGUCAUGGAACUAAAAGAUUCACAUGAAAUCGAUUUGCAUACUGAAAACAGUAUUCAAUAUUUUCUUGACCGUUUUUAUAUGUCUCGAAUUGGUAUUCGUAUGCUUAUUAACCAGCAUACAUUACUAUUUGGUGACCAUAUAAACAGCAAUAACCACCAUCAACAUAUUGGAUGUAUUGAUCCAUGUUGUGAUGUGAUAAGUGUUGUAAAAGAUGCAUAUGAGAAUGCUAGAUUUUUGUGUGACCAAUAUUAUUUGACCUCACCCGAAUUAGAAAUUUGUAAAAGUAUUGAUGCUGAUGAUGAGCCAAUAAAAAUUGUUUAUGUGCCAUCACAUUUGUAUCAUAUUCUAUUCGAAUUAUUCAAAAAUUCAAUGAGAGCUAUUGUUGAGCAUCAUAAGACUGAUAUUUUGCCACCAUUACAAGUAACAAUCGUAAAAGGAAAAGAAGACGUCUGUGUUAAAGUGUCUGACCAAGGUGGUGGCAUUCCAAGGAGUUUGAGCGAACGUAUGUUUCACUACAUGUAUUCAACUGCACCACAACCUUCAAAAUCAGAUGCACAUACAGUGCCAUUAGCAGGGUAUGGUUAUGGACUUCCUAUAUCUAGACUUUACGCUAGAUAUUUGCAUGGAGAUUUAGUUGUGUUAUCUUGUGAUGGAUUUGGUACAGAAGCCAUUAUUUACUUGAAAGCUUUAUCAAAUGAAGCUAAUGAGUUAUUGCCAAUAUAUAAUAAGAUGUCAACUCGGUUCUAUAAAACAACUGAUCAUGCUAUAGACUGGAGAAGUACAUGCCAUCAUACACCGAUCAGUCAGCAGCAAUUUACACAAACACAAUAAAUACGAACUGACUAUUUGAAACUGUUUAGUCGCCAUUUAUUUUUAAAAGUAAUACAAUAAUGGUUUUUUUUUUUUUUUUAAUUUAUUUUAGUUUUUAAUUUUAUAGAUAUUAGUUAUUUUUUCAUAGUUUGUAAAAAGGAAUGUUUUUUAAACAUAAUUCCUUUACUCUCAUACUUUUGUAUUAGCUCAUUUAGUAAAUAUAUUAUUGAGACUCAAUCAAGGUUAAUUUUCAUAAAUAUGAAAAAUUUAAAUUAA